CGCGUGAUCGAUGCCCAAAAUCUGUAGCAGUUCGCGCUGGCAGUGCGCUGCAAAUGCAAGAGCCAGGGCGGCGGUUGGGUGUUGUAGCUCUGCCGGCUGUUUUGCGUUGUGGGUGGGCUGCCACGCUACGGCCAGGAUGCGGCGGCGACAAAUCGCGGACGGCCGACAUGAGCCGCGCAGGCAGCAGCAGCGCACUCUCGGGGGCGGGGGAACCGCCGCCCGGGGGCAGGCAACUUACUCGGCCCGGGGCAGCCCCGCGCGUGAGAAGAAGGCAGGUCGCCGCUGCUUACCCGCCCGCGCAAACCGCCGGCGCCGGUCGGGGCUUUGGUGGAACUCGCCGACCUGUUCGGCUGGCGCCUGUGGUGCUGUUGGCUGCUUUGGGUACGGAAAUCCGGGGGAGGGCCAAUGCGAAGCGGCCAAGUUUUUGCGCUACCCCCACGCGCCCAGGAGCUUCCGUGGACGCCGCCACAUCCGCGCGAACCCGGGGGCCCCUGUGUUGAAAUAGUUGGAGGCCUUCGCGCGCACCUGUGCGCGCGCGGGCGGGCAACAGCC